AAUCGAAUCAAAUCGAAUCAAAUCGAAUCAAAUCGAAUCGGAUCGAAGGAUGAAGUUCAAUCGAAUGAGUCGAGUCGAUCGAUUUAUUCGAUUCAUUCAACCGUUGCACUACAUGUACUGCGGACGGAACGUACGAUGCAACAGCGCAGUGACAACAACAAAGAUCCAUCGCCAGAUCUGUUCGGUCUUGUGUUGUCGUUGCUGCUUUGCCUCGUGUCACUCCGACCCAGCAAGCAAGAAAGAAAACAAGCCAUCGUUUAGAGAUUCCUCAUUAUUAUUCAGAGGAGGAAAACCAUGAAGAUUUCAGCCAUCUCGUCGUUGUUGCUGUUGGCCAACACCGUCCAUGGUCAUUUGCGUGCUGUGGAUAGUUGCUCGGGUGCCACUUCGAAAGCGACUUGUCAAAAGACAAAGGAUGAAGAUUCCAAUGCGUGUGUCUGGUGUGAAUCUCGAGCUGUGUCCAGUGGUUGCUUCUCCAAGGAACAGUCCGAACAACUUCCUCCUUCGGUCUUUCAAUGCGAGUCGCCGAAUGACCAAGAUGAGAAUGUCUUGAAAGAUGAGGAAUUGGGAUUGACUCGCACAUCGUUCAACUUUGUCGAGGAAGAAGAUGUCACCCACAGCUUGUUGCACAAGGUUCACGAGGCCGGAGAUGACGCCAUUUGUGAUGGAUCGUCCAAGAGUAUCAGUGGAUACAUGGAUAUCAAAGGAAGCAAAUAUGACGAGAACAAUGAUAAGCACCUAUUUUUCUGGAUGUUUGAAAAGCGCCCUUCCAAGGAAGAGGAUGUAGUAGACGAUGCCGAAGUCCCAUUCAUUGUCUGGUUGACUGGUGGACCUGGCUGCUCUUCCACUCUGGCUCUCUUGACCGAAAAUGGACCCUGCUCAGUCAAUGACGAUGGUGCCACCACAAAGGUCAACCCCUACAGUUGGUCCGAAGCUGCCAAUGUUUUGUGGUUGGAUCAACCUGCCGGAGUGGGAUUUUCCUACGGGGAAGAAAAUGACAGCAACGAAGCCAUGAUCAGUGAGGAUGCCUACUUCUUCUUGCAGGCUUUCUUCCAGACGUAUCCUCAGUAUGCCCGCAAGGAUCCAUUCUUGUACAUUGUCGGGGAGUCGUAUGGAGGACACUACGCACCGGCGAUUGCCCACCGCGUCUGGCAAGGAAAUCAAAUGCUUGCCGAGAAGGAUGGAGACAGCACUUUCGUCAAGCUGCCUCUGGGUGGAUUGGGUAUUGGAAAUGGUCUUACGGACCCCGAAGUUCAGUAUGCCUACUACCCCCAAAUGGUAUUCAACAAUAGCCACCACAUCAAGGUCGUCGACGAGGCCACAUACGAAACAAUGAAAGCAGUGGUGCCGAAAUGCCAAAAGCUCAUUCAUCAAUGCAACAAGGGGGACAACGCCAUUGACAACUUUGCCUGUCAGACUGCCUUUGUCGUCUGCAACAUGGGAUUGACCAGCCCUUACCAAAUGACCGGACUCAACCCCUACGAUAUCCGCAAAAAGUGUGAAAAACCACCUCUCUGCUACGACUUUUCUGCCACUUCCGAUUGGCUCAACAAGCAGUCCACCAUGAAGGCGUUGGGCGUGGACACUUCUCAUGUGCACCGUUGGGAUUCGUGCAACUUUGGUAUCAACAUGAAGUUCCACACUGAUUGGAUGAAGGAUUUCAGUCCCUUUGUUUUGGAUUUGUUGGACAAGGCUGGCGUCCCCGUUUUGAUUUAUGCUGGCGAUGUCGACUUUAUCUGCAACUAUUUGGGCAAUCAAGCCUGGAGUGUUGGAUUGCCUUGGAGCGGCGCGGAAGGGUUUCAAAAGGCCACCCCCACUGAAUGGAAGGGAGCAGGACUUGCCCGUGUCAACCCCGAUGACAAGAAGUUCACAUUCUUGCAAGUGUACGACGCGGGACACAUGGUGCCAUCUGAUCAGCCCAAGGUUGCCCUUGAUAUGAUCAAAACCUUUGUCAAUGGAGAUGCCUUCGCCUAGGUUAUUUAUUUCAUCCACAGUUCAAAAUACAUGAUACCUAUCGAAGCCGAAGACAGAAUGCCGACGGAAGGAAGAAGAAAAGAACUGAGAAGUUGGGACGAUCGGGCUCGGUGCUUCGAUGAUAAGGAUAAAGGGUCUACUAGCUAGCUAGUUUGCCUUCUCUAUUAAACUUUGACUCGACUCAUCAUUCUAGUCUAGCUAGCUAGCAAGAGCUCAGCCGCUGCUCUUGUCCCUCCGAACGGUAUCCAGAAGGCCAUAUCGGUACCGGCACGGAUGCGCACACCUUCGUCCAAUCAUACAUGUAGAGUGCACCCGCUGCUCUGGUCCUACUAGUUAGUACAUUGCAGCCAGAAAUGCAUCUCGGUGCCAAGCUUUGAUUCUAGCUAGCUAGAGUGCCCACCGAAGGCAUCAUUGAAACAAUAUUGGUCCUCUCUGGCUACCGCGGAAAGCCUAUCUGCUGUCAGUAGUAAAUUCUGUAACAUGCAUUAGUA